AUGAUUAAAGGAAACAUAAUUAUUUUAAAUAAAAGCGAAAUGAGAAGGCAAAAAUAUAUUGAUAUGAAAAAAAAGGCAAAUAAAUUAAAGGAUAGGUAUAUUAAUCAAGAGAUCCAUUAUAUUAAUCAAAAGAAUGAUAAUAGUAAACUAGAAAAUAUUUAAAUUACUAAAUAUUCCAAUAAGAAAGGAAAUUACAUGUUUAAAAUUCUUAAAUAAAAAAUAUCAAAACUUUGGAGUUAACUAUUUUAAUUAUUGCUAUUAAACUAACCAAUUUUUAGCUCUUUUCAUUUUGGUUCAAACUCUAAACAAUUUUAAUUGAUGCAAAAACAUAAUAAUUAAGAAAUUAGAAAUAAAAGAGAUAAAGGCUAGACUACAGAUCAUGAUAAUUUAUUAUCAAAUUAACUUAUCUAAUGUAUUAUUAUUUUAAUUUUGAUGCUUUUUGUGAUGAUUCAAAUAGAAUUAUGGUGUUGA